GCUUCUGGUACAUACCUAAACUUUGAUUAAAAGCACGUUAUAAUCAAUCUUGUUACCCUGUUUUCUUUAUCUAAUUUUCUAAUUGUUCCUCAUAGUUCAGCUGUCGUACUGAUUUUAGAUUUCUUGAAAUUAAUUGGUAAAUUUUCAUAUUCUCAAGUUGAGAUAAGAUGAAAGCUGUACUAGACCCCACUGUCCUCCCAGAGGAAAAUCCCAGGCCAAGUAGAUUUCCUAAUUGAUAAAAUCCUAUCCAACCCAGAGUUUAAUUGUUACUUACAAGCUACGCUAUUUUCGUAAGCCUACUAUUAUUAUUAUUAAAGGCCGAAGAAUUAAAUUUGCAGAGAUGGAUUAAUUUAGUGUUUCCUUGUUUGCAGAAGAGAAGCUGUUGCUCUACCAGACAAUAAAGAGAAGGAUGUUGGAUAUAAUGAGCAGUCCCUUAAUUUCUCCUCAACCACUAGCAUGGAGUGCCAUCAGACUCCCUUUUUUUGCAGUGUACCGAAGAUACGAAAUGGUCUAGCUACUGAGACUGGACAUUCUUAUUGAUGAAUUAAAAGCCAGACAUGUAGUCAAUGGUUUAAGAGCAACGGAGGGUAAUCUGGUGAUCACACCAGGCACUUCUGGUGGGGAAAUGAGAUCUGAUGGCUCAACACUAGAACGGUCAGUUAUGCAUAAUCAGCUUGAAUUAUGAAUAAAAAUAUCAUUCAAGACAUGGCCAAUAUGUAAGCCUCGUUAAAAAAAUUAAUUUAUUUUUGGAGUUGGAUGUCCUGACUGCUAACAGAUCCAAUAAGAAAAGGCCUCAUAACAUCACAUCAAAACAUAGUGGGUGUAGCCUUGAUCCAGUAGUUGAAGAGAAUUUAACUGACCAUCCUGAUCCAACUUUCGAGUUAUCCAGGCUAUCAGAAGAGGACCAGACAGCUGAUCGAGAAUUGUUGGUGGAAACUGGACCUUCACAAACCCAACAAUAUCCCGUCAUCAGUCAGCCUAUUGACAAGAUGACUGAUACCAUCCAAUGUACUUAUUCUACUGAUUCCCUUAAGUCUAAAACUAACCUUACAUCUGUAUGUAACAUCUCAAUCAAUUCUGCGCCUUCUUGGUCUUAAUUGGCUGCAGGCAUAUGAAAACACAUUUUGAAACUUCAGGGGCCCUCAAGUAGAGUCCCUGAACCACCUAGCUGCUGGAAUGAACAAAAAAGGGGCAGCUCUGCUCUUCUACCAGACUUGUGGUGUUGCAUACAUAUACUUUCCUAACAAUUACAUUUAUUUAUAUAAUGCUUUUAUUUCAGUUGUUUAAAGUAAAGUAUCAACUUCAAUCAUCUCAGAUAAUGAGAAACUGAAAUUGAUGGCUAACAUAUGUGCAGUUCUUGCAUCCCAUGAUUUCCUAAGAGUUCAACAAAAGAUGCCUUACUGAGAUAUUAUCAUCUCCCAAGGACCAAAGAUGUGACAUAAGGUUUCUACUAGUCUUUCAUUCGAUGUUCCAAUGUUUUUGUUCUCUAUGACAGACAGAUAUGAUCAUCUGCAGGUUUUAUUACUUGAACAGUUUAAUUUUUCAUGUUAUGAUCUAUUUAAGAAACACAAUUGCAAGCACCCACUUUAAAAUUAGGAAAUAGUGAGCAUAGAAACCAGGAAUUCUUCAUUUUUUUAUCUUGACACUUCCCACCCAUGAAUACUUUAUGGACUCAAUACAAUAGUUCUUGGUAUACUUUAGUCAAAAUUCUUGCUUCUUUUGCAGACUUGAUGCACCCAUGUUCUUGAUAAUAUAUUCGAUUACUCUGGAAGUUUCACUUAUCAUAAACUUUUUUAUUUACUCUUUCCAUUGUAUUCUUUUAACAUUCUGUCACAAAAUGUUGCAAACUGUGCUCUAUUUUGCAAUGCUAUGCUUUAGCAGCAAGAAACACCGCUCAUUCUA